AUGUUCUCCUUACCCAUGAUUGCACCACGGCCCGAUGCCAGUUUGUGGCCCUCGCAUCGUACCGCACAUACAGCCUUUGAUGAUUCGUCUUCGCAAUCCCCGCCCAACGCAAAUUCAAACUCCCAGCGCCGUCCCACUUCCCGUCAUGGCCCGCAUCACAGCCACGCUCGCGCCGCAACAGCCUUCCUCGCCGCCCUCACAAACGACGAAAACAUGAUUGAGCAACGCAAGCAGAAUGUUCGUCGCUUCGGCGCCGGCUGGUUGCGCCCACCAGGUGUUGCCAAGACAUUGCAGGCCAUGAGGGAUGAAGAGCUGGAGAAGGAAGAGCAGGAGAUGAUGCAGCGUCGCGAACAAGUCAUGAUGGAUCUCUCUGCCGCCCAACAAGAAGCCGCCAAUGCAGAGCAGCGCGCACAAGGAGAGCAGAUGGAAGGCCAGGCCGACGAGGAGCGCGAUCUCGACGAUGAGGUUCCCGAAGCAGAGGCCAGCAAUAGCGACCUCUCGCGCUCCGACUCCGACUCGGAUGUUAGUGAAGACGAGAGCGGCAGUGAAGAGGGGCAAAAUACAACAAUGGCCUUCAACGAGGACUCGUUCAUCGAGGGCAGCAUGAUGGAGGCAGAAGUCUCGCACAUGCUGGAAAUGCAAGAAGCAGAAAUGGCAGGCGUGCUGCAGGACGAACGCGAUCUAGACGACGAUAUCCCCGAAGCCGGAAGUUAUGAACAUACCGACUCUGAGCUCGACGACUCUAGCGAUGUGGAUCGUAGCAUGGCAUUGCCUCCACCCAUGGGUUCGGUCCAGUCCAGACGCUCGGUUAGACGUGUCAGUGGUAGACGCAGCUCUGGACGCAGGAGCUCAGGGUUACCAAGCAGCAGCUUCCAGGCUGGUGGCGUGGAUGCUACGGCUGGUCGGGUCAGCUUGGGAGUCGACCUAGGUCAGGGCAGGAGUAGUUUCGGUAUGGAUGGUAGUAGCUCGUUCUUGGAUGGCAGUUCCUUUUUAAGGAGCUCGCCUGUUGGUGCGGCGGCUACAAACAGAGAAGUAGAUGAUUACGAUUUUGACGAGUGGCGAGUGCACGGUACGAUAUCGGACUACCUGCGAAGAGGUAGAAUGGUAUGGCGGCAGUAUAGAUGUCGUGAGUACUGCCUCGUCGCACAAGAUGCAGAAGAGCACACAAUACAAAGUCCCAAGACGCAAAUCAAACCCAACAUCAUGUCUCUGAGACAUGAGAUGGAGACUGCGGUGGAGGCUGAGCAGGUUGUUCGAGGGCAGGAAGGGUAG